ACUCCAGGCUUUGUCCCGAAAUGUGACGUCAGACAGAAGGACUCACUUGUAGCGAGCGUUGACCGGCGCUGGCUGUCAUUUGCACGGCGCCGUUUUGCAAUAAUCUGAGCUCGUGGAAUACGUUCUAUUUUUUUUUACAAGAAUCUCAUUCUGGGUUCAAUGAAGUUGAUAUUGGAAUCUCGUAAUGAGGUGGCUUCUGCCGUGGAUUCUAAUAGUAGCCAGCACUCAUCAGGUCUUUUCCCAACAUCCCACAGCCAUGCCUCCCUUGACGGCGACCAUAGAGCUGUAUAACCGUACAGCGUUCUGCAAAUGGCCGUGCAAGUGUGCCAAGAGCGCCCCCCUGUGUCCGCCAGGGGUCAGUGUGCUGAUGGACGGCUGUGACUGCUGUAAGGCCUGUUCCAAACAGGUGGGGGAGACCUGCAACGAAGCCGACGUUUGUGACUACCAUAAGGGACUGUACUGUGACUACAGCGUGGACAAGCCGAGGUACGAAAAAGGAGUAUGUGCCUACAUGGUGGGCACAGGCUGCGAGUACGACGGAGUGAUCUACCGGAACGGUCAGAGCUUCCAACCCAGCUGUAAGUACCGCUGUCUGUGUGUAAACGGUGCCAUCGGUUGUGUGCCGCUCUGCACAGACUCCCAACCACCCCGGGUGUGGUGCCAGACGCCCAGGCGGGUCAAACUGCCGGGUCGAUGCUGUGAGCAGUGGAUCUGUGACGAGCCCAGGAAGACGCGCAAGGCAGACCCCAAGCAUGCGGAGAUAGUGCGCGCCAGCCACAAUGAGGUCUGGCAUAAGAACUGCAUUACCCAGACAACCUCCUGGUCCCCGUGUUCCAAGACCUGUGGACGUGGCCUGUCCCUGAGGAUCUCCAACGCCAAUGACCAGUGUGAGUUGAUCAAGGAGUCGCGCCUCUGCAACAUCCGGCCCUGUGACGUGGACAUCACCAAGCACAUCAAGCCAGGGAAGAAGUGUCUGAACAUUUACAGGGAGGAGCAGAGCCAGAACUUCACCAUCUCAGGCUGCAACAGCAAGAAGCCCUACCGUCCAAAAUACUGUGGUGUCUGUGUGGCCACAGACGAUCGUUGCUGCAUCCCUUACAAGUCCAAGACUAUCGAGGUGGAGUUUGAGUGUCCCAACGGAGCCACUCUGACAUGGCAGGUGAUGUGGAUCAACGCCUGCUUCUGUAACCUCAGCUGCAGGAACCCCAACGAUAUCUUCUCUGAGCUGGAGCACUACUACGACCACAAUGAGGUCAUCAACUGACAACUGAGCAGCCUUGUCCGAGCCUGAACGUACGGCCCACAGGGCAGGAGACCAUCUCCUGUUUCUGUAGCAUGAGGUAGUUUAGUGUACAAGUACAACCCCUGGGUAAGACGCUAGUCUGCCGCGGGGCCUUUUACCCAAAUACAUCUCCUUAAUGCUGAAUGCCAAGCGUUUUUAGAGUCUUUGGUAUGAUUUUACUGGGGAGAACUGAGCAGAGGACAGGUUCAUUUAGGUUAUUAUUGACUCCAGCUUUACAUUCCUUGGAAUAAAGGGAUUGAUGAUUUGUUGGUUAGUUGAAUUAGAUGUUCAAGUACCAGGCUGGAACAAAGCCUGCACACCCCUAAGGUCACCAGGAGUAGGAUUGAAGAACAUUGCAGUUGAACCCUGUCCAAACUCUUCAUUAUGACCUUGAUAAAAAAAUAAAUAAAAAUUAUGCACAGGGUUUAUCAAUUAUUUAACCUCCAUUCAAUGAAAGGAAAAGGGAUGUAGUUGUUUUUCAAUUCAAUUUAUCAGAGAAUGGAGUCUACAAGGUGUCCAAAGCAUUCCACAGGGAUGCUGGCCCAUGUUGACUCAAAUGCUUCGCACAGUUGUCAAAUUCAAAGGCACUGACAUCUUUUGUCUUACCCAUUCACCCUAGGAAUGGCACACAUACAAUCCAUGUCUCAAGGCUUAAAAAUCCUUCUUUAACCCGUCUCCUCCCCUUCAUCUACACUGAUUGAAGUGGAUUUAACAAAGUGACAUCAGUAAGGGAUCAUAUCUUUCACCUGUAUUCACCUGGUCAGUCUGUCAUGGAAUGUUUUGUACACUCAGUAUAUUAGCGGAAGUUGAUCAUGUACUUGUGAUGAUACCAUAGUAGGACACAGUGGUCAAACCUAUUGUAAUUAUGCAUCAUAUUCAUAUGGGGAUAAUCUUCUACCAAGUUAGGGCAUUAACCACUCGAGUGGUCAUCCUGUUGUAUACUCUUCUGUUUCCCUCUUUUUGUGUCAUGUCAUUAAGCUUACUGUGUAUGUACUGUUGUGCUCAAAACAUUUAGUCAAGUAUUUUGUAGUUUACUGCAAAGUGUACAGUAUAUCAGACAAGAUUCUCUGACAUUUUCUCAGUUUCGCAUUGAUUUCCAUUGACUCUUAGUGAACAAUAAUAGUGUUUGUCUCAAUGUCUGCAUUGUCAAGUCAGUUAUUAUUUGAGCUCUACGAGGUUAAAAGUGUAUCAACUUUUUAUUGAUUGAAAUUUGAUUGAGAUCAGCUCAAUAAGUGUUGUCAUUUAUUUCAUUGGUCAAUACUCUAGUAAACCAUGUACCAUAUCCAUGUCAUCAUAAACAACAAACAAACUCAUCCAGGAAGUCACAUUUCAUUGGUCAAUACUCUAGUAAACCAUAUCCAUGUCAUCAUAAACAACAAACAGACUCAUCCAGGAAGUCACAUUUCAUUGGUCAAUACUCUAGUAAACCAUGUACCAUAUCCAUGUCAUCAUAAACAACAAACAAACUCAUCCAGGAAGUCACAUUUGAUUGGUUCAAAUAAAUACAAAGUAUUAA